AUGUCUCUCCCGGCCAUCGAAGACUGUGUGCUACGCACCACCACACUGGAGGAUUUUAAGGAAGUCAUGGGAAAGCCUGUGGGUGAGUACUCAUUAUUGGACGCAAUCUGUUCGACUUAUACAGAUCUCUCUCUAGGUCAGCAGUUGCCGCGAACCUCUGCAUACCCGACGCUCAUGGUGUGUGACCUGACGCCAGCUACUAGCGGGACGCUAUCGGAAAACACCACCCUUAUCGUCUUGCCGCCUGUGGAUUCGACACCCUCGCAUCAGGAUGAGGUCUCACAACUCGAUGCAUCGGCACCCACCCGUAAAACUGACGAUGCCCUUUUGGUGCCGGAGGGGGAGCUGGAAAUUCGACUUUGCAGGGGGAUGGUGGGGACACGGGCAGAGGGGACGUCCCGCGUGCUCGAUGAUCUGCUUGUGCCAGAGGGCGGACUCCUCCGCAUUGGAAAUGAGGCCUACGCCUGUUACUUUACUGUUUAUGUGGCGCCCGAUAUGGAGGGCAUCGCAGCGGAUUCCCAGACCUUACGUGUCAGCCCAGAAUUAUUUCGGAAUAUACGAGCCGCUUAUUUGAACGACGUUGGUUUUCAAGCAACACCGCAUUCAUUUUCGGAUACUCGAUUAAAUCUUCCGUGGCAUCUACUCAACCCGGUGGAGGAUUCGGAGGGUAAUGUGGAAACCCUCAAGGAUUCUUCACCAGAGGACGCUCAACUGCGACUUGACAAGUUGGUGCUUUGCCCUGCCUUAGACAAUCUCUUCUUGUGUAAUAUUUUUGGAGACCAUUAUGCUGACCUUAUGGAGGCUCUUUUGACCAUUUGUGCUUCGAAGCUGCAUGGUAGGCUGCUCUCCGAGGGUAAUGUCGUAACGCUUCAUCUCACACAAGAGGAUCUUCAGGGCUCUCCUCCAAGUAUAGGAGGGUUGGACGUUCUCGAGGCCAUUUUUGCUACUCUAAAGCACCAAACGGAAACCUUUAGUGGUGUCUGGACUUCACCCGAUACACUUUCCCUGUUUCCGUUUCGUGUAGUGGAGCUGUGGCGAGGUGGUGAGCCCGUUAACUACGGUUACGCGUGGUUUGGCGAUGCGAGCCCCAAACGCCAAACAGGGUUCUCGCUCGCAUCCCAGUCUACUUUUAAGGCAACAGAGUACACCCCUCUGUUUGCCUCGCUGAUUGACCAAGAGGAGGUAGAGGACCGACUGGAAGCACAAGAGCAACUUUAUGCCUCAUUGAACCAGUUUUUGGUAGCGAAUCAAAAACAGACAGCGUUCCAUACCUUUGUUGUGCACGGCUUAAAGGAAAAUGGCGUGUACUCAUUUAUCGACUACGCUCUACGGGAGUUUGGAGUGCUGCCGAUGUUUGCCUCGGCGGAGGGCCUAGACGACGAGGAACUGAGAACCCUUCUGGGACGGUUUGGGGAAACGUCCGGUCAGGUCGCCCUUGUCGUUAAGAAUGCCGAGAGCAUCGCGGCGAAUCACCCGGAGCUCUUCCCCCUGCUGCAGCAGUCGGAGGAUCCGGUGCUCCACGCGUCGGAUCGCUGCCCGCGGGUGAUCCUCCUGGUGUGUGAGACGCAGGAAGCGGUGCCGCCCGCGAUGGCCGCCCGGGCGACGAACCCGGAGGGCGUCAUCCCCUGCGGCAACCCUUCGGAGGAGGACCGGGCGCGGCUGGCCCGCCGCAGUGCCCGACGUGCCGCGCGGGCGUAUCACCUGCACCUGAGCCCCUUUCUUUCCUUCCGUGCCAUCGCCGGCUGGACGGUGGGGCUGUCCUGCGCGGAUAUCGUGGCGUACAUGCAGGCCUGCACCGCGGCGGUGACGAGCCGCCCCUACCUGGAAGGGGUGAUGCCGGUGCUAUCGGACAGGGCGUGCGAGCGUGUGUUGCAGGAUUAUCUUAAAUCGCACGGUCUGACAUUGGUUUCUACCAAGCUUCAGCCGGUCCGUUGGAGCGACGUGGGCGGCCUGGUGGAGGCGAAACGCGAGCUCAAAGAGACGAUUCAGCUUCCCAUUCUCUAUCCCGAAAUAUUUGCCAGUGGUAUGAAGAAGCGGACGGGCAUUUUGUUCUACGGCCCGCCUGGGUGCGGCAAGACAUUGUUGGCCAAGGCGGUCGCUACUGAGAUGAACAUGAAUUUUAUGUCUGUCAAGGGUCCCGAACUGAUCAAUCAGUAUGUUGGUGAGAGUGAGCGCAACAUUCGUGUUCUUUUCCAAAAAGCUAGGGAUAACUCCCCGUGCAUUGUGUUCUUUGACGAACUGGACGCGUUGGCCCCCGCUCGAGGAGCGAAGGGUGAUGCGGGUGGUGCGAUGGAUCGCAUCGUAUCCCAAUUGCUUGUCGAGGUGGAUGGCAUUGGUCAAACGCGGUCCGAUGGAACCGCAAGCGGCCAGGUGUUUAUUAUCGGCGCCACGAACCGCCCUGAUCUCCUUGAUCCAUCCUUGUUGCGACCUGGCCGCUUUGAUCGGCUCUGCUACUUGGGUAUUCCCUCGACAAGGGAGGAGCAGCUGCAUGCCGUUCGUGCCCUUACACGUAAGUUUGAUUUGCACGAUGAUGUGAAUUUUGACAAGUUGUUGGAGCCACUUGACUUUGUAUACACGGGGGCCGAUUUCUUCGCCCUAUGUUCUGAUGCUAUGAUGUUCUCCGUUGAGGAGGCCCUCGAAUGUGCGAAAGUGGAGGUUGCAGGUUAUGGCGGCGCGGUAGGAGGGCACCGUGAUGGUUCCUCUGGGGCCGUUGACGACAAUCUCGGCGCUCCUAUUAAGGUGAAAAUGAGCCACUUUUUGGCGGCCCGUGACCAGCUCAAGGCGUCCGUCACCAAGGAAGAUUUGAGGCGAUAUGAGUCGCUAAAGACAAAGUUCAGUAGAUGA